CUCGUCAAGAUGGGAACGGGCUCCUCCAGCUACCGGCCCAAGGCCAUCUAUUUGGACAUCGAUGGACGCAUUCAGAAGGUGGUCUUUAGCAAGUAUUGCAACUCCAGCGACAUUAUGGACCUGUUCUGCAUCGCCACCGGCCUGCCUCGGAACACGACCAUCUCCCUCCUGACCACGGAUGACGCCAUGGUCUCCAUCGACCCCACCAUGCCCGCCAACUCGGAACGGACUCCCUACAAAGUGAGACCUGUGGCCAUCAAGCAGCUCUCUGAGAAAGAAGAAUUGAUCCAGAGCGUGCUGACCCAGGUGGCAGAGCAGUUCUCCAGAGCAUUUAAAAUCAACGAGCUGAAAGCUGAAGUCGCACAUCACUUGGCAGUGCUAGAGAAGCGCGUUGAAUUGGAAGGACUGAAAGUGGUGGAGGUUGAGAAAUGCAAGAGUGACAUUAAAAAGAUGAGGGAGGAGCUGGCGGCCAGAAGCAACAGGACCAGCUGUCCCUGUAAGUACAGUUUUUUGGAUAACAGCAAGAAGUUGACAUCUCGACGCGACAUCCCCACUUAUCCCAAGUACCUGCUGUCCCCCGAGACCAUAGACGCCCUGCGGAAGCCCACCUUCGACGUCUGGCUCUGGGAGCCCAACGAGAUGCUGAGCUGCUUGGAGCACAUGUACCACGACCUCGGCCUGGUCACGGACUUCGCCAUCAACCCCAUCACCCUCAAGAGGUGGCUGCUCUGCGUUCACGACAACUACCGUAACAACCCUUUCCACAACUUCCGUCACUGCUUCUGCGUCACCCAGAUGAUGUACAGCAUGACCUGGCUCUGCGGGCUGCAGGAGAAAUUCUCCCAGAUGGAUAUCUUGAUCUUGAUGACAGCGGCCAUCUGCCACGAUCUGGAUCACCCAGGUUACAACAACACGUACCAGAUCAACGCCCGCACGGAGCUGGCCAUCCGCUACAAUGACAUCUCGCCCCUGGAGAACCACCACUGUGCCGUGGCCUUCCAGAUCCUCAGCCAGCCCGAGUGCAACAUCUUCUCCAGCGUGCCGGCGGAGGGCUUCAAGCAGAUCAGACAGGGGAUGAUCGCAUUAAUCUUGGCCACUGACAUGGCGAGGCACGCGGAAAUCAUGGAUUCUUUCAAAGAAAAAAUGGAGAGUUUUGACUUCAGCAACGAGGAGCACAUGGCCCUACACCCCUCUUCAGUGCUCUGGGGUCCCAGCACUCUCCACUCGCUGGGGGUUUUUCGUUAUCUUUUCAACCUCUGCCUCCAGACUAUUAAUACCGUCUGUCUACAUUUUUUACAUACUCUCAACAUCAAGAAGAUACUUUGAGCUUUGCAGUGUAGUUUGUAUGACAAAACGUCCGUGUGUUAAAGGGGCUUUCCUACUACUCAGGCCCCUCCAGGAAAGAUUCUGAGCCUCGGGGGUGCGGGGAUGCCCCGUUUUCCCCCUGCAGCGGGAAGUAUGCCCUCGCGGGGGGCAGGGGGCAGCCAUGCUGGGUUCCCCUCCGCCAGCAUCACCCGCCCUCCUUCCCCGCCGGCCGGUGAUGGCGAGUCCAGACGCCCAGCGCUGUGGGAUGUGUCCCGUGUUGCACAGCUGAUUCCAGAUCUCUUCUUUCAGCUGAAGAUGAUCCUGAUAAAAUGCUGUGACAUCUCUAACGAGGUCCGUCCGAUGGAGGUGGCGGAACCCUGGGUGGACUGUUUAUUAGAGGAGUAUUUCAUGCAGAGCGACCGCGAGAAGUCGGAGGGCCUUCCCGUGGCCCCUUUCAUGGACCGGGACAAAGUGACCAAGGCCACGGCCCAGAUUGGGUUCAUCAAGUUCGUCCUGAUCCCGAUGUUCGAAACGGUGACCAAGCUCUUCCCUGCAGUGGAGGAGCUCAUGCUGCAGCCCCUGUGGGAGUCCAGAGAUCGCUACGAAGAGCUGAAGCAGAUGGACGACGCCAUGAGGGAGCAGAAGGCUGGGAGUCUGACCCCUGAGAGCGCCAUGUCGAGAGAGAAGAGCAGAGACGGGGGGAAAAGUGAAGGUAACGCUGUUCCGAAUGAUGUCUCCGUGUACACGCGGGCCGUCCUCGCCGACCGCAGCCCGGCCUGUGGGUCACCGCUUGUCACCUGCCGUGCCCACAAGGCGGACGGGCCGUGCUCCGUGCUGCUGGCGCGGUUGGUCACUUCCAACAAGCGCCGCUUCCUGGGGAGCUGA